CUUUAUUAUCCAUCUUUACAGGCUCUCCGUUAACCGCCAUGGCUUCCAGGAAACGGGCCCUCUCCGGUGAUAACGGAGCCCAGAACGGAGCAUCGAGCGGCUCCAAGCAGACCCGGUCAACGGAGCGAAAGAGACACGUCGCCGCCUUGAUCCUGGCCCGGGGAGGCAGUAAGGGGAUCCCGCUGAAGAACAUCAAGAUGCUGGCUGGAGUCCCGCUGAUCGGAUGGGUGCUGCGAGCCGCCGUGGACUCCGAGAUGUUCGACAGUGUUUGGGUGUCGACAGACCACAACGAGAUUGAGAAAGUGGCGAAGUCCUGGGGGGCUAAAGUUCACCGGCGCAGCGCUGAAGUCUCCAGAGAUUCUUCUACGUCUCUGGAAACCAUGCAGGAGUUUGUGAUGCUGAACCCAGAGGUGGACGUGGUCUGCAACAUCCAGGCCACGUCUCCGUGUCUCCACCCGUUCCACCUGAAGGGGGCGCUGGAGAUGAUGAUGCUGCAGGGCUUUGACUCGGUCUUCUCUGUGGUCCGCAGGCACCAGUUCCGCUGGCAGGAGGUCAAGAAGGGAUCCCGUAAGCUGACGGAGCCGUUGAAUCUGGACCCGGCUAAACGUCCUCGGCGUCAGGACUGGGACGGAGAACUGUGUGAGAACGGAUCCUUCUACUUCAACACCAGCAAGCUGAUCAAGGAGGGGAUUCCGCAGAAAGGAAAGGUGUCCUACUAUGAGAUGCUGCCUGAGUACAGCGUGGACAUCGACGUGGACAUCGACUGGCCGGUAGCAGAGCAGAGAGUCCUCAGGUACGGCUACUUUGGUCGGGACACUCCAGAGGUGGUCCGUCUGAUGUUCUGUAACGUCUCUGGAUGUCUGACAGAAGGACGGAUCUUUCUGUCUGUAUCUGGAGAGGACAUGGUCUCCAUCAACACCAAGGACACGGCAGGCAUCCGGAUGGUGCAGAGAGAAGACGUGGAGGUGAUUCUGCUGACCUCCAGUGAGGACCCAGUGACCCGAUCACUGGCCGACAAGCUGGCCACGAGGAUGGGCUGCCAGGUGAUGCAGGUGGGGGCGGAGCCUCUGGAUGACUUGCAGCCAAUCCUGAAGGAGAAGAACCUGGACUGGAAAGACGUGGCGUACAUCGGUAACGGCCAGGCGGACGUCAGGUGUCUGAACCUGGCCGGUUUGAGUGCCGUACCUGGAGACGCUCCGGUCGUCGCCAUCAACGCCGCCAAGUACACCUGCCACGAACGGGGAGGACUGGGAGCCGUGAAGGAGUUCUGUGAACACAUCCUGCUGCAGAAACAGAAGGCAAAGUCUCAGAUGGAGCAGGAACACAUCGACCGAAGCAGCUUCUAAACGCAGCUGAGGAGUGAGUGGCAGCAGCGAAACAACACAGAUUAGUUUGAUCAAGUUUGGUCAUUUACUGAUCUGGGGUCAGAAUAUUUGGACUGUUUUCACUGAUUAACCUCAACAGAAGGUGUUUAGGUCAAAAUAUGCAGAUUCCAACCAAAUCAGAGGAUAAAAACUGGUUUAUUAAAGAGCAAAGUGACUCUAAAUGUAGAUCCAAACCACCAAAAGCAGACUUAGAUAAGCAGAAAGCUGAAGCUCAGCAGUUUGCUGUAUGUUUUCCACAAAAACAGAACACCAAAUUCAACUUAAUUGUCUGAUCAAACUGGUUCUGUGCUCUGACCAACCACCUAUCACAUGUACUGAUAUGAGCCCUGAAAGUUUACCCAGAAUGCACUGCCUAAAAAGACAAACUUCUCCAAAGUGGCUCAAGAAAACCUGUCCAAGCUGACUAAACCUGUGUCCAGAUUUGUCCCAAAUUACUCAAAAUGUGUCAAACAUGACAAACUUCUGAAGAAAUCAUUCAUUUCUUGUCUAAAAUUACUAAAAAAAAAAUGUGUCCAAAAUAUCAAAAAGUCUCUGAAAUGACUCAAGUGAAGAGGAGUCUUCAGAAAAUGUACAUAUUGGAAUGUUUUAACUAAAAUAUAUUGAAAAGGACAAUUUUAGGCAGAAACCAGGUUCUCUGUAAGGAACCAGGAAAAGUACUGAUGGAAUUCUGUAGAAUAAUUGUGGUUUAUAUCAGGAAAACAAUCUGUAUUCUAAUAAAAUUCAUAUGUUUCUUA